GAAGCAGGCAGUCAGGAGUAAGUCGUCCUGCCUGCUCAUCACUGACGCCUCACACACAGCCCCGCCCACUAGCGUCAUCACCUCACUCUUUACCCGAAAGCCUCUGUAAGUGCAACGUCGUCAAAGAUGGCGGCGGCCAACAAGUGACGGGGACUGUGCUCAAGCUCCGGGAUUAAUCAGUCGGUUUCAAUCGUAAUUUUCACUUUGAAACGACGGGUUCAUUCCCAAGACUGGCGUUGUACAGAGAGAUACUAUGGCAAGUCCAAGGACAAGGCGGGUUCUUAAAGAAGUGAGGACUCAAGAUGAAAACAAUGUUUGCUUUGAAUGUGGAGCUUUCAAUCCACAAUGGGUCAGUGUGACUUAUGGGAUAUGGAUUUGUCUUGAAUGCUCAGGAAAGCACAGAGGUCUCGGAGUUCAUCUCAGCUUUGUACGGUCGGUCACUAUGGAUAAAUGGAAAGACUUAGAGUUGGAGAAAAUGAAGGUUGGAGGUAAUACAAAAUUUCGCCAAUUUCUGGAAUCACAGGAUUAUGAUCCAUGUUGGUCACUGCAAGAGAAAUACAAUAGUCGUGCUGCAGCUUUAUACCGAGACAAGAUUGCUACUUUGGCUGAAGGUAGAGAAUGGUCAAUUGAAACGUCAGAGGCUCGGAAUUGGACCCCACCACAGCCUAAAGUAUCUGUUUCUUCAGCACAUCGCUGUAGUUCUGGAGCUAAGCAAACAUCUGCAUUAUCAUCUGAUAAAAUGUUUGAGGACUGGCUGAAUGACGAUAAUUCCUACCAAAGUGGUGGAGGAUAUGGUAGUCAGGAUAAUCGCUACGUUGGAUUUGGAAACACUGUAUCCUCUUCGAAAAAGGAAGAUGAUUUUCUCAACAGUGCCAUGACUUCUCUUUAUUCGGGUUGGAGCAGUUUCACUGUUGGGGCCACCAAGUUUGCAUCAGCAGCAAAAGAAGGAGCAGUAAAACUUGGAAGUCAGGCAACACAAAAGGCAACAGAGCUAGGUCAAACACUUAAUGAGAAUGUGAUCAAACCUGCUCAGGACAAGGUGAAAGAAGGAAAAUUUUUAGAUGAUGUUUCCAUUGGCAUGUCACAGAUUGCUAAUAAGGUACAGGGAGUGAGCGUGAAAGGAUGGCAAGAUGUCAGUUCUUUCUUUACCAACAAGGAAUCUGCCUCACAAAGCCACUCAGUUGGUGAAAGCUACCAGAAUAGUGGAUUUGAAGAUGGCUUCUGGGAUAAUUUUGGUGUGAAUGACGAUUCUAAAACAAAGAGUCCCCCAAGUACAAAUGUUUGGGGCUCUGGUGAAAAGAAUGAUAAUGCCUGGGGCGCAGUGGACACCACGAUAAAACAGAGCAACAAUAGUGAUGCCUGGGACAACUGGGACAAUAACUGGGCUGCGAGUGGGGAAAGCAAGAAUAUAAAGUCACCGAAAAGAGAAAGCAGAGCAACUGCAGAUGAUGAUGGAUGGGACAACCAGAACUGGUAGCUAGGGAAAGUUCCUCAAAUUGAAAAGAUCUACAAUUCACUUUGCUUAACUUUGCUUUGUUGCUGUCAUAAGCCAAUUGGUAUUCCUGUCCAUAAAGAAUCAAUGUUUUGGAAAUGUAUCUUUCUAGAGGCUGGUUACAUGCAUAUCUCAAACAAAAGAAACCUGCUCAAUGAACAGUCUGUAUUGUAACCAGAAAAUUAUCCCCUUAGUAAGUAGUUUAGGUUCAAGUGUUAUAUUUUUACACUGAAUACAUUGACAAUACAUUUUUCUAUUUAAGGGAAUAUGUUUUUUCCAUUAAUUCACAGAUUUAUUUUUGUGUACAUAAGUAGUUAUUAGAAAUCCACAGGGUAUCAUGGCAAAAAAAAAACAAAGUUAAAUAGUGCAGUGAUUAAUUUUUUAGCUCAGGUUUUCUUUUUAAAUGCAACAAAUAUAGCAUUUGCUGCAUGUGCUAUACUGUGUCUGUCUGCAGCUUGAAUAUGUGUAGUUGUACAGGGCGAGUAGUGCUUGCAAGUUCAUACUUAGUGUUCUCUGUGAUUGUUAUAGGUUUGGUACUAAGUUAAUUGAAAUAACAUUUAAUAUUUCCGCUCCAAUAAUAACUGUUUCUACCUGUGCUCCAACUCUACCUGCCUUACCAAACAAUUCAUAAUAUUGAAGUGGCUAGUAUCAGCCAAUGAAUGUUCUUUACAUUUGUACUGCAUUUCUAGUCUACUAGACUUGUACAGUCAUUAAGAGAUUAAUGCUUUUACUAAAAUAGUAGAUAGAGGAAUGUUUGAGUGUAUUAAAUAUUCAUUUGCUAAUGCUGUAAGUAGCAAUUUCUCUGCUUGUAUCCAUUUAAAAAUGUUUUAAUUUGGAUUAUUUUAUUAGCUAUUGUUAUCACCUUGGAUAGAUGUCUCUAUACUUGCCUUUUAAAUGUAUGACGUAGCAUAUAUAAAUACAUCUUGUAUAAUCAGAGAUAAACUGCAUUCUCUGACCUUUGGAAUAUAAUCUUCAAAAGUAUGUUGAUCUGCAACUGUGGUAGCAUAGUGUCUGGUCUGCUGCUGCCUCCAAAACCUAGCCCCAAACAUUCCGGUUGCUAAUGAUGUGAAUGCCAAUCAAGUAUGACUGAUUGAUCUUAAAGUAUUGGGGAAAAAAAACUCUGUGCAAUAUUUUUGAGCAUGCGCAACAGGUUAACCUUUCUGUAACUUGGGGAUAAUUCAGCUUUUAUGACCUAAAAUCUGAUAAAGAUUUUGCUGAUAUGAAUGGAUAUAUCGAAAUAUAGCAACUUAGAAGUUGCUAAUAACUUUGCACCCAUUUUUGUGUGUGAUUGCCUUUGAUGUAUGACAAUAAAUCAGAUUUAAAAAGGAA